AUGAGCCAGACCAAUAUCCUAUCAGCACACAAUAUAUUUAUGAAGCAAUAUCCUAAAAUAUUCCUGCAGAAUAAAACCAGACUGCCUAAACUUUUCAAAGAGGAAGGAAAAAGGAAACCUGCUGAAGGCACAGCAGAAAGUAAAUCCCAACAACCUGAUGAUUCUCACAACAUAUCUGUCCAUGUUAAAAAAGCACGUGGUGGCCAUACUUUAUAUGGAACAAAAAAAUCUGAAGAGAAGUUAGUAGAAUUCAUGGCUAUUUUAAAGAAUUUGCCCAUUCACAGGACGCCAUUUGAACACAAUGCUGCGUGGAAGAUGCUGAGAAAAUUUCCAGAUUUAACCUAUCAUCUAAUUGAUGAGCAUCUGAGAAUACUUAGUAAGAAUGUCAUUUCUGAAACCUGGGUAAAAAGAAGCACAUUGAUAGGAAAUGAUGGAUUUUAUGUGAUACUGAAAGGCCUAGCUUUACCAUGAACACAGAUAUAUAAAAAUCUGAUGGAAGAAAAUGAGUCUAUAACCUCUUUCAUACUUCAGAGUUUCCACUGCUUUGUUUUCAGUGAAGACUUCAAAAACUCUAUACUGGCUGGGACUCACAUACCUUCAAUGGACCCAAUGCUUGGACAAUGGAGUACCUUUGGAACCCUGGAAGUUACAGCUCAGACUGAAUCAGAAACAAAGGCGUUCUCAGUGGUGGCAGAAUAAGAUUGUGAAAUUCUUAUAAUCCCUGCAAAGAAUUAUGCAAAGUUAAAAUCGGAAAAAACAAAACUGAAAAAUAAAAAUAAGGUGAAAUUAAUCCAUAAGUGUCCAUAUUAUAUGAAGUGGCCUACUUUAUCCAUAUAUGAGCUAGUUACACUCAAUUAAUGGAAAAAAUUUCCUCCGGGUCAUGUGAUAGUGGAAAGUGGAAAUAUAAUCUCUUUUGUGGCUUAUAUUAAUUCUGGAUAUUGUAAGAUUUGCAGAAGUAUUGUAGGACUUUCAAAACCACAAUUAAGAAAAGUGAAAAAAAUAUGAAAACUUGUGUAUAUGGGUCAACUUAAGGAGAAGGAGUCUUUUGGUGAGAUUAGUGUUCUUCAAGUUCCUUUCACAUACACAAUAGUUACUGGAAAAGACGUUAAGAUGGCAAUUAUUGAAGAUAAGGACCUACUUGGUAAAUACAUAAAUGUCUUUUAUUUCAACUGUUAUACCACUUUAUUUGAUGAGUUUUUGGCAAGAAUAGACAUAUUUCGCAGACAAAUUGAGACACUCAACCCUCAGGGGCCUGGGUGCCUGAUGCUGCAGAUCUGUUUCCUCCAGCAGCAAGCCACUUGUCAGAUUCUCCAAGAGAGACAAAGUGGAGAGGGAUCAGCUGAGUUCCCCGUAAUACCUGCAGAUGGCAAGCAAUGUGAGCAACAACUGGCAUUCAUUGCUACACAAGGAUCUGAGCACAACCCAGGAGUUGCCAUCUCAUGUGGAUACCGACUUCACCUGCUUUGGAGUAUGUAG